CCCAUAACAGGUCUCUGAUUGCACAAAAUUUAUUUUUUAAAAAUGUUUUAGUAUUAUUAAAGUAAUGAAUUAUUUAAAAUUUGGCUUUCUGGAAAACAGUGAUUGUUACAUUAAUUCUGCUAGUUUACAAACUGGCCCCACACCAGAGAAAAAAACAGUUAUGAAGCCCUCAUAACAGAAAGUUUGGGGACCUCUAGCUUACAGCUCCUCACACCUCCAACUUAAGAUUACCGGUGCAACAAAAAUGGUGAUCAAUAUCAGAGUUAUCCAGUAGUACAGCUUUGAAGAAAACAAAAAUGUAUUUGUCUACUAGUGGGUGUAUCAGAAUGGGGCGGAGCUUGCAUAUUUCUUACAUCACAAAUAGGAUCUUUAUUUAACUGCCAUUUUUCCUCUGAUCCUAAUUCCUAACAAUUUAAAUUUUAAAUAUACCAAGAAAUGCAAUUUUAAGCUUUAUUUUCUUCAUAAAAAGUCUCUUUCUCAUGAGAAAAACACAACUUUUAUCGGAGUGGGUCGUUAACAUCCAUCUCUGCGGCUGUUUGCUCUGUUUAUUCCAUCUAAUCUGGUAAAGUACUUUUUCACCCACAGUGUUCCGAUGUCGAGGGCUUUUUUUUUCUUUUUUUUCCUCUGACCACCUUCAAUCGACCUCCGCUCACACGUACUGUCGCAUCAGGCUGUCGCUCUGAGCUGAAGUCCCUCUGAGGCGUCAGACGCCUGCAGCCCAUCAGAGACGCCUGCAGCCGCAGCAGUCAGGCGGUCGGAUGAGGGCCGCUCAGGCGCAGGACAGAGGCGUGGAAAUGAUGAGCAUGGGAUGCGCAGAGAGGACCUAAUGUUAUGCAAGAUUUAUAUAAUCAAGCACUUUCAAAUCGGGAGCAAUCAUCUACUCUAGAAAGAAAAAUGGAGUUACGGAGGGAAUGGAUGUGAAGUUUGGGUGUUGUUUUGUUGCAGGGAGAGGUGAUGCUGUGCAGAGAGGCAGCAGACUAGUGCAAUUAUUUAUUUUAUGGAGGAAAAAAUGCAAAAAAGAGUUGAUAAAUACUUCAGGGAUGUACUUUAUUUCUUAGAAUCAUAGAUAUCACAAAAGCAGACGUCAAUGUGAGCAUAAAGGAUAAUCCCCACAGCUUGUUUCCUCACUCUGCAGCACUCUGCGCAGAACCACAGAGUUAUGGAGACAAUUACUGCCCCGCAGCUAAAACCGCUCCAUCCAGGGUGUUCACUUAACAACGCCCACCUCCAGCACAAAGAAAACUCUUUUGUUUACAGAGCUGGAGUCACUGUAAGCAGAGGUCUUGUAGGGGGAGAAGUGCUCCUGGCACGCCCGGCUGCUUCAACCGGAUCUCAGAGCGGGAUGAAGUGAGGUGAGAGCGUGGAGACGGCCGUGUGGGCACAGGGAUGUGAGCGAAUCGGUAAAGAUGACCCUGCUGGCGGGCGAUGGCUCUGACUACGACUACAGCGCCCUGAGCUGUGCCUCUGAGACCUCCCUCAACCCGCCUCCCCAUCAAGAGGAGGAGGCCCAGAAGGGGUGCUUCUACAAGAGGGCCGAGCCGCUCCCUCAGCUCGCCCCGGACGGCGCGCCUCUGUCCGGCAAGCGUAAGCUGCACGCCAUCAUCAACGUGGGCGGCCUGCGCUACCAGCUGCCCUGGACCACCCUGGAGGACUUCCCGCUGUCCCGCCUGGGCCAGCUGCGCCUCUGCAGCAGCUUCGACGAGAUCAUGCGGGUCUGUGACGACUACGACGUCACGCACAACGAGUUCUUCUUCGACCGCAGCCCCUGCGCCUUCCGCACCAUCCUGACCUACCUCCGGGCGGGAAAGCUGCGCUCCCUCCGGGAGAUGUGCGCCCUCUCCUUCAGAGAGGAGCUGCUGUACUGGGGGGUUCCCGAGGAGAGCCUGGAGUGGUGCUGUCGGCGGCGCCUGCUGCAGCGCGUGGAGGAGUUUGAGGCCAUGGAGAGGGCUCAGGAGGAGGAGGAACUCCUGGAGGACCUGCUGGACUCGGAGGGCGGCCGCAGGGAGCGCGCCGGCGAGUCCAGAGUGGGGAAGUGCAUGAGCAAGCUGAGGGACAUGGUGGAGAGGCCUCAGUCGGGCCUCCCGGGGAAGAUCUUCGCCUGCUUGUCAGUGCUGUUUGUCACCAUCACUGCCAUCAACCUCUCCAUCAGCACCUUGCCAGCCAUGAGGGAGGAGGAGGAGACAGGCACGUGCUCCCAGAUGUGCUACAACAUCUUCAUCGUGGAGACGGUGUGCGUGGCCUGGUUCUCCCUGGAGUUCACCCUGCGCUUCAUCCAGGACCGCAGCAAGCUGACCUUCCUCAGGAAGCCGCUCAACCUGAUCGACGUGGUGGCCAUCCUGCCGUACUACAUCACGCUGCUGGUGGACAACACCUCGGAUUCGCUGUCCACCAACAGCUACCUGGACAAAGUGGGCUUGGUGCUGCGCGUUCUCCGAGCGCUGCGCAUCCUCUACGUGAUGCGGCUGGCCCGCCACUCGCUGGGCCUGCAGACUCUCGGGCUGACGGCUCGCCGCUGCACGCGGGAGUUCGGACUGCUCCUCCUCUUCCUGUGCGUGGCCAUCGCGCUGUACUCCCCUCUGCUGUACUUGAUCGAGAACGAAGUGGCCAGCACGAAGGAGUUCACCAGCAUCCCCGCCACCUACUGGUGGGCGGUCAUCACCAUGACGACGGUGGGAUACGGCGACAUGGUGCCGAGGAGCAUCCCGGGCCAGGUGGUGGCCCUGAGCAGCAUCCUGAGCGGCAUCCUGCUGAUGGCCUUCCCCGUCACCUCCAUCUUCCACACGUUCUCGCGCUCGUACGUGGAGCUGAAGCAGGAGCAGCAGCGCCUCCUGCAGAGGAGGACUCACUUCCUGCUGCGCAGCCGCAUGGCCGGCCUCGGCAGCAACCUCUCCCUGGAGAGUGACGUGAUCUUCCCCAUGGGUCCAUCUGACCCCAGAGACCUGGACGACUGAGACCGGCGGCAUGGAAACGAGAAGGGAAAAAAUAUGUAAAAAAAGAACUUUAAAUUAUGGGAUUGCUAAUUUACUCAUCUUUGCUGCAAUAAAGUUUGGACCCUGUUAAGGUUCUGGAAAUGAGAGCAGAUUAUGAAUUAGGAGAUGGAGGGGAAGUGCCAAAAUAAAACAGAAAGAGAAGAGGACUUUUGUUUUCUGCCCAGAAAAGCCACUCGCUGUGUAGCAACGUUCACUUAAACACAGAGCAGAAAUAAAGGGUGUUUCAGCUCAAAAAUGACACAAAAACCCACAAUGCACCAGUUGCAAAAAAUACAAAACACUUGUGGAGUUUUAGAGUGUUGGUUGUUUUUUUACAUUGAAAAAUGUCACAAAAGAACAUUUUGAGCUCUGCUUUGCUUGGUUGCCACAUUCGUCUCUGUUUCUGCUCCUGGGAAUAAAUCAGAUGUUAAAGUGUUUUUAUUUUUUAUUUUGUUGGUCUGAUCUAAAGGGACUCAGAUGUUAAAAAUAAAGCCUUUCGUGUUUUUUUUCUAAAAUGUGCAUUUUCUGAUGUGUUCGGUCAUGGCUGUAAUCACUGCCUUUGCCGUUUAUAAAGACAUCUUGGUUGAUCUGGA